AAACGGACAUAUUUCGACGGAAAAACGGAUGCAUGAAAAUCCUCCCAGGGUGGAUUUUCAUGCAUCCGUUUGUCCGACGAAAGAUGUCCGAAAAACAUUCUAUUCUGACAUAAUCGUAUGAAAAUAUGUCAAAAUAGAAGAUUUUUCGGACAUAUUUCGUCGGAAAACGGAUGCAUGAAAAUCCGGCCUAACAGUUAAAUGAAGUCAUAAUAGAAAAAGCUAUAGGUGCUUUCUUUUCAGAGCUUUGGAACCAGGAUUCGACGCCCUGGGGCGCGUCCGUACAGUCCGUUCCUUGAUUUAAAAUGUGUACUCGGUGCUGGCUCAUUAAAGUUCGUUCAAUAAAAUUUCGGGCACUCUGAUACAGCGUUCAACUGCUCUGUUCGCUCGCUGCUCACGUGAUUCCGGCUCCGCUCAGCACGCUCUACUCUUUGAACAAAAUACCGAACACAAGGUUAGUAUAAUUUUCAUUCCUUGAUAACCAUGGUAACCCUUUGCUUACCGCAACCGGUAACCUUCCCUUCGUUCUAGUUGCUCCUUAUUUCCUUCUUGGUCAUUGCAUUGAAUUGCUAGUAAGUCGUUUGUGAUUCCAGCGGAUUCCAAGAAACUAUUUGAUAUUUGAUUCAGCUUACCAAAAAGCACAAUGAAUUCUGGUACUACCAGUUCUGAGGAUGAAAAUUAUCAUUCCAAUGGACAAGAUCAUCCGCGUCAGAGACCAGCAAAAAAAUAUAUAGCCUCACGGACCCAAUCCACUGGUUACUCAAGGAGAAGAAAAACAGCUGAGAGGGCCUCCAAAGCCAUUUUGGCUCUGGCAACUUGUGAGACAUCAUCUGAUGAGGCAAUGGACAUUUUAAAUCCUGAUAUUAACUUCCACGCUUCGGCUACUCAAAAGCCUUUCCCGCCAAAGAAAAUAGAGCGCCCUGUUUAUGAUGAAAAGGGUAUUCACAUUUCAACUGGCAUAGACCUGUGCGACUGCUUAAGUGAACAAUGUGCUGGUUGCUUUUUUAAUUGCAUCAGAUGCGGAAGCCCAAAAUGUGGCACUACAUGUAGAGUGCAUAGAACCUUCGUGAUAGAUUAUAUUAAAUAUGAGGGAUAUGAGGAUAAAAUGGUAAAAAAUCUGCUAAAUCGGAAAUUAAGGAACUAAGUAUAUGGAUUUUUCAUAUAGGUACUUUCCGGCUUUGACAGCUUUUGUGUUAAUAUUUAUGUAAUAUAAUUAAACGUGCCUCUUACAAAUAAAAAAUAUAAAUGUU